CGUCCUGCUUGGACGGUGGGCGGGUGCGAGUGCGGGUGCUGGUAUCGCGGCGAACACACCGCGGCUCUGGAAGCGUGACGAGGUUGCAAGUCCUGUCGCCGCCCCGGCGACUGACUACGAUAUACCCAUUUACGCGAUAAUCCCCGGAGUGACUGUUCCUUUCAGCCACAUCCCGCUGCUCGUCCUUGCCCUUGUCAGCAGCCAAAUCAUCCACGAGCUUGGGCACUUCGUCACGGCUGCACUAGAGAACGUGCCCGUGCUCACAAUAGGCCUCUCAAUGAGUGUCGUCAUACCGUCCGCCUUCGUCGCGCUCUCGCACGGCGCCCUCUGUGAACUGACCGCACCCGCACGGUUGCGCGUCGCCUCCUCGGGCGCGUUCCACAAUGUUGUUCUCUACCUCAUCUUCUCCGGACUUACACGCGCUCACGUGGACCGCGCACUGUUGAGCGUGAUGGGCUACCGGGACGUGGGCGCGUGGGGGCGCGUCGUAUCGCACAUUCAGCCGGGAUCGCCGCUGGAAGGGUAUCUGCCCGUUGGCGCGAUCGUGACGAAGAUAGACGACGACCUAUUGUCAGGCGUUCCCGCCGAUAGUGACGCCUGGACGACGCUUCUGUCGCGGCCUGACGCCGGGGACGAUAGUGAGGAGGGAUGGCUGGGGUGGUGCGUGGACCGACGAUGGUUCGUAGACCAGUCCGACGCCUGCUGUACGCCGGCGAUGACCGCCCGUAAUGCGACCGCGUGCUUCGUCGCGUAUCCGCCACCCGUGCCCUACCUCGGCGACGACGUGGAGGCGCCCGCUUAUGCGCGUUGUGGGUCUGCCGUGGACUGCGCGGCGGACCACGUCUGCGUGCGCCCGCGCGACGAUCAGGCGCUGCUCCGCCUGACGGUCCACCUCCCGGCGUGGGCCGCGCAGAAUGCACAUGCGACGGAUACGGUCGUCGUGUGGAACGGCCCGCGCGUCGAGAUUCUCGAGGAAGUCGAGGUGACGACGUACGCACCGCGCCUCCGCAUCCUACCGUUCGCAUUGCCUGGCUUCUUCACGGCGCUCUUGUCCUACCUCUCCGCGCUCAACCUCUCGCUCUUUCUCUUCAACCUCCUCCCGCUUUCGUUCCUUGACGGCGCACCUUGCUUUUCCGCGCUCUUUGACAUCGCGGUGCUCGCGUGCUCCCGAAAUCCUAACCCGCUCGCCCGCUCGCAGGAGUCUGCUGCACCGGGGGAUGUGGAACUCGGCGCGGUCGAGGGCGGGGGGAGCCAGUUUGAGCGGUGGCACAUGCGCUUUGACGUGCGAGCGCGGUGGAAGAGGCGGCUGGAAAGGGCGCUGCAUCUACUCUCGGCGGGACUGGUGGGCGCGAGUGUACUCUUGGGGAUAGCAGUGGGUAUGGGCAGCUAAUGAUAGUCAGUCAUGGACAUGGAAGCCAUGCCGGUGGGUUAGGAUGGCCCGAGUCUUCAAGGUCGCAGUCGGAUCCACUUCAACUUGGGCGUAGAAUCGGGAUCGCGGGUAUACAUAUCCAGUGCGAACGUUGUACAUUGCUUUGUCUGUGCUCUCUCGUCGUGCUCUCGUAGCGUGCUGUGUGGUAUGUUUUGGUUGUUCCUUGUAAUGGACAAUGGUGCUCAAACG